CUGGUGCGAGGCGGCACCAGCGCUCCCGCAGCCGGAGCGGUCGCAGUGGCAGCAGCGGUAGCUUCGCCCGGGACCUGGCGGAGGCGGCGCGGAUGGUGAGAGGAGCCGCCCGGCAGCGCCUGCCCCGCACUGGCCCGGCCUCCAGGACCCCCGGCCUGGCCGAGAAGCCUUCGCGCAAGCGCAAGAGCAGGACUGAAUUUGCCCUAAAAGAAAUCAUGUCAUCAGGAGGAGCUGAAGAUGAUAUUCCUCAGGCAGAGAGGAAAACAGUCACAGACUUUUGUUAUCUGCUGGAUAAAUCUAAACAGCUCUUCAAUGGCUUAAGGGAUUUACCUCAGUAUGGACAGAAGCAGUGGCAGUCCUAUUUUGGGCGAACAUUUGAUGUUUACACCAAACUGUGGAAAUUUCAACAGCAGCAUAGGCAAGUUCUAGACAAUCGGUACGGCCUAAAGCGGUGGCAAAUUGGGGAAAUUGCCUCCAAGAUUGGGCAACUCUACUAUCAUUAUUACCUGCGGACAUCUGAAACCAGCUACCUGAAUGAGGCCUUCUCUUUCUAUUCAGCAAUUAGACAAAGAUCGUAUUACUCCCAAGUCAAUAAAGAAGACAGGCCUGAAUUGGUGGUCAAAAAGCUUCGGUACUAUGCAAGGUUUAUAGUAGUUUGUCUUUUGCUCAACAAAAUGGAUGUUGUAAAGGACCUUGUAAAGGAGCUGUCAGAUGAAAUUGAAGAUUACACCCAUCGCUUCAAUACUGAGGACCAGGUGGAAUGGAACCUGGUUCUGCAGGAGGUGGCAGCUUUUAUUGAGGCAGACCCUGUGAUGGUUCUGAAUGAUGACAAUACCAUCGUAAUCACUUCCAACAGACUGUCUGAAACAGGGGCUCCAUUGCUGGAACAAGGAAUGAUCGUGGGACAGCUUGCUCUUGCAGAUGCACUAAUUAUUGGGAAUUGCAAUAACCAGGUCAAGUUCAGUGAGUUAACAAUUGAUAUGUUUCGAAUGCUGCAAGCACUUGAAAGGGAACCGAUGAACUUGGCUUCACAGAUGAAUAAACCUGGAAUGCAGGAAUCAACUGAGAAACCAGCCAGGCGGGAAAAUCCCCACAAGUACUUGCUGUAUAAACCAACCUUCAGCCAGCUGUAUACAUUUCUAGCAGCAUCAUUUAAGGAGCUGCCCGCAAACAGCGUGCUGCUGAUUUACUUGUCUGCUACAGGAGUGUUCCCCUCAGGUCGUUCGGAUAGUGAAGGUCCGUAUGAUUUUGGUGGUGUUCUUACAAACAGUAACAGAGACAUUAUAAAUGGGGAUGCAAUUCACAAGCGAAACCAGUCUUACAAGGAGAUGCACUGCCUUCACCCUGGUGAUCUGUACCCUUUCACAAGAAAGCCCCUCUUUAUCAUUGUGGACUCUUCAAACAGUGUCGCCUAUAAGAACUUCACAAAUUUAUUUGGACAACCACUGGUGUGCUUGCUUUCUCCAACAGCGUAUCCCAAAGCAUUACAAGAUCAGUCUCAGCGGGGUAGCCUCUUCACCCUCUUUCUGAACAAUCCUUUAAUGGCAUUCCUAUUUGUCUCUGGAUUAUCAAGCAUGCGCAGAGGAUUGUGGGAGAAGUGUCAAGAUUACCUUAGAAAAAUCAACCGGGAUAUUGCCCAGCUGCUGACUCAUUCCCGCUCCAUAGAUCAGGCUUUCCUUCAGUUUUUUGGGGAUGAAUUUCUUCGCUUACUUCUAACAAGAUUCAUCUUCUGCUCUGCCACCAUGAGGAUGCACAAAAUUUUCCGGGAAACUCGAAAUUAUCCAGAAUCUUAUCCCCAGUUGCCAAGAGACGAAACAGUGGAGAACCCUCACCUCCAAAAACACAUUUUGGAGUUGGCUUCCAUACUGGAUGUUAGAAAUGUGUUCCUGGAAAACACCCUCGACGACUAUUAAAAGAAACUUUCUUAUUGCAAUGGGGUUUCCCUAGCCACAGUUUUUGAAUGGUGCAGUUUUCUAAUGUGAAAAUCCAGAAAAGGAAUUACUUGAUUUUUAUUUUUAAAUUUAAGACCAUUAUUAAAAAAACAGCUGUUAGCUUGGCUGUUCCAUUCUGUAUGGGGUCAAUUUUAUAAACAAAUGUUUUCAUGUCUUUUAAAUGUUAACCUAAGGAAUCCCUGGAGUUUUAUUUUUGUUUUUUGGCUGAAACUAACCACAUCUCCAACAGAUGAUCCUAAGUACAAGUAUUAUUGGUCACUUUUAGCCCACGUUUGUGGAAAAUCCUUUAUUUUUAUACAAUUUUAAAAAAUUGGAAAGGGAAAAAAAUAGGGAAAAAAACGAUAUUUUAUCCCCAAAGAGUUUGGAUUUGAAAUGAUAAAGUUUGAACCAUACAGCGCAAACCAACAAUAGCAAUAAGAGUCCUUCGUAAUAAAUAUAUAUUUUUCAUUCUUAGGUGAAUAAUUGGACAGAAAUCUUAGAAUGCAGUUGGAGCAGCAGGGUUGAAGUAGAGCUGUCAAGGACUCCCCUGCAAUCUAGUGUUCCUUGUAAAUUUGUCAUUUAAAUCUUGCACUGCACAGCACUGCUGGCCAGGGAUGCAUAUCCCAUUCUGCCUGCUUUGGGUGUGGGAUAGCAGGCUGGUGUGCAUUAAAUAAAGCUGGCCCUUCCCCCUCUCCCCACCAUGCCUGAGGUCGGAGCCCACCACUUUUCUGUCAUGGGAGGACAGUGUGUUUCUCCUUUUUUGCUUAUUGGUAUCUCUUCUGAAAUCGCCAGGAUUCCCCGUCCUUUCCUCACGUGAAUGAAGAAGCUAACGGGAACAGCAUUUCCGGUGCCUGGGAAUUGAAAGUGUCCCAUAGCAGUACUGAGUACCAGCCCUCCCCAAGAAACACUUGGCCAGAAGCCUCACAGAACUGGUGCAGUUACCUACUUGUAACCAUGAGAUGAUUUUUUCAUGCAUCUUUUUGACCCCAGAAGACCUGUUUUGUUUCGUUUGGUUGUUGUUGUUGUUAUGGUUAACAAAAGUAAGUUCUGUUACAAAGCACUGCUGUCCUACAUGUAGCAAAUACCGAUUCCUCCAUCAUGCUCCCCCACUUCCCUGGUCUGGAGAUGCUCUUGAAAGGGCAGACUGGCUGAGGAGUGAGAGGUACAUGAUAACAGCUAGCAGGGCUUGGUUUAUAGGUUCUCCAGCCUCAGUUGGGACCCUUUUAAUUGGAUAUUUUUGUUUGGACGUAACAUCUCUCAGCAGAGUCUCAUGAAGUCUCCAUUUUGGGUACAGUGAAGAAUGGUUAUGAUCUGUGUGAAUGUGUUUGCUGGGAAAGCGGGAGUUUGUUGCUGGCUGGACAAAUGCCUCUGGAGUUGCACAGUGGCUGCAGGAGCUCUUGCACUUGCUGACAGAGAGGCAGCCUGGAGCAGAGAGGAGAGAGCGCUGAGGAGCUUUGAAGUAAAUGUUUCAUACGUCCAGCCUAAUGAUUAUUGACACCCCAGAUUUCAGACAGUCUUCACUUGAGUUAGCAACAGCAGGUAAUACAACUCUUCCCAAAACGAAGCUAAAGGCUAGCAGAUACCAUUGUUUCAAUGUUUGGCUUUUAUAAAAAUAUUUAAAAAGUGAAGUGUACUUUCUGAGAAUAUUGAUGCUGCCCAGAAGGUAUUCAUGCUUUUAAAUCCAGGGCAGGGUUGUCUUUGUAGAAAAGAAGCAUAAUUUAUAUAUCAAAAAUUACAAAAUAGUUUUUCAAAUGGACUGAAUUGACAAAUCUGGAAUAAUAUUAGCAAAUCAAACUGAAGUCAUGCUGCUUCUGUAUGGGUAAAAUCUGGCUGGUAUUGGAAAGGCUGCCUUCUAGCUUUUGUUAUUGUGCAUGGCUCUGCUGUCUGAAUUAAGUCCAUUAGGGUGUUCCAAGUACCGUAUUAAUUAAACCGCAGUAGAGCAAGCACAGCGGAUCAUGACCGUAUGAGUUAGCAACAUGGAGCGUUCCAAGCCAUUAGGGAAAGAUUUUGGUCUGUGUUCCUUUCUGAUAUUGGAACAAUGAAAAGGGUGGGGAAGGAAUUUAAUCAGCCCCAUGACUCAGGAGUCCAGUCAGAUAUUGCAGUUUUUAAAUGAAGAGUAGCUGCAUUAAUUUGAUGCCAACCCCAGUGGGCCUUAUCACAGGACUGUUGCACAAUGUUGUGACCUUCUGUUCAAGAGAGGCUGGACUAUAAAGGGUGGAGAGUGUUGCAGGCUGGGAUUGGUCUCCUUCUGGCUUGGGGCUCGGGGAGGAGUACAGUGCAGAACAGCCAGGAAGCUUGCGCCACCUUUGCUUGCACUGUCUUGGGCCCUGGCCAGUGCCAUCAGUCCUUCAUGUCUGAGUACCAAAAGUUCAGGUGAAUACUAGGAACAAAAAUGUUUCUUCCUAUGAGCAGAUUGUGAGUGGUGAUCGGGCUGCCUCUGCUUGGUCUGCAGUUCUCUUCUCUAGGAUUGUGGUUCUCUGGUCACCCACCCGUCUUUAGCUGAGAUGAGAUUAUUUUAAUGACUGUGUAUAUACAAGGCGUUUGUGUGUGUAUGUACAGGACGCACGCACCCACUGGUUGGGUGUGCUUGUAAAUAUGUAUGUGGGUGUAAAUAUUUGUAUAUAGGGAGAUAUGAGAUAAUACGAGUUGUAUAUACAAAAAAUAUAUAUACACACAGACGCCAAUCGGGAUGCAUUCCAGGAGGGUGUUCUAGAAGCAUCAUUCAGGAUGCUGUAGUUAAGGUUGUGGCUGUAUUCCCAUGGUAAUCCUCUAUUUUCAGGGGCUCAUAUUUGGUUCUGUGAAAUUGUUUGCGGCUGAAACUAGGUAUAGGAGGCCUCAUCUAGUCAUCAGGGGCUUUUCUUUUAUAAAUUCAAAUAUUCCAGUUUUCAUUGAGGGGACAGUAACAUUGUGAAAUGAACCCAUAUUUCUUGCUGCAGUGAUAAUCUACCCUCCUCAAAGUGCAGGAGGUCCCAAUUGCUACAGCUCAGGAUGGUUUAACAGUUAACGCUGUUAUUUCUUUCAUUAUGACUUUCAUGGAGCAUGCUUUGUCCUGGGACAUAUGCUAGGGAAACUAGGAGUAGGAAGAUCUUCAUAGUCACAGGACAAUGAAGAGCAGUAUCCAUGCUGCCCUGUCCCUUAUGUUUGUAAGUUAACUGGGGGGAGAAUCUCGCUCUUGUCCAGCUCAUUUCCUUGUAUCUGAGAAAAGCAUGCUCUUCUGGACCUUGGGGAAUGCCCCAUUUGUGUCCUUGUGAACUCAUGUGGAAUGUCUUGGAAGCUGACUGGAGAAGCCUUGGCAGGACAAACUUGUAUCCUGCUCAGCCAGGAUGAAAGGUAGAGUUUGCAUAUGGUGCAUUUCUCCGAUUCCUAAGCCUAUCUCUGUACUGUCAAACAGUGUGAUAUAGUUGGUCUUAUUGCCCCAUUUAGCUGGAGUCUGUUAUGGGUCUGGCCAGAUGGCAGCACCCAUACAAAAGUGGUAGAAGAGGCUUGUGAAGAAAACAAGAGAACUUGGAGGUUGGAUCAAGAUCCAAACAUGUUAGUAGCACUGACUGAAUCCAGAAAAUCAGUAAUGUGCUUGUAAAGAAGACCUUGUUCUCUUCCUGACUAUUCUGUCAUAUGAUUACUUUGUUCAGAAUAUUUGCUGUUAAUGAAACUUGAAAACAGGGAAUUUCAAGACAUGAGCUUCACUUCUUUUUUCUCUCUGAGGAUUGUAUUUGUAAAAAGAUAAAUACAUAAAAUAAUACCCCAUAUCUGCUAUAGAGAAGAUCACAAGGGAUCUCUCAUUUUUUCCAACAAAAUCAGCAGUAUUCAAGACCAGAGGAUUAGAAUUCUUUUUCCACUUUGUACUAAGUCAUCAUCAACAUGUGUAUGUACUAUAUGCAUAUGUAUAUGUCUGUAGAUACCGUUCUCUGCAUACACAGCAGGUUUGUACUUAUCAGAAAAGUGUUUCUCCAUUGGUUUCAUAUUCAGCAAUCCUCAGUUUAGAAGUGGAUAGCAGUGAUAGAUAGAUCUGGAGGGGGAGUGGAGCCCCUAUUUUCAGAUACAAAUGGGUAUUCAGUGUCAGGCACCCAGAAAUGGGUGUCUUCCUUACAACAGUAGAGGCGACUUGAAUUAAAACCAAUAGGUAGGUCAAGUUCAUGAGGGACGGGGAAAUAUGCAAACCUGACUAAGUGCCUGCUUGGCAGACUUCUGCCAUAGGUCCUGCCUUCCGCUCAUGGUAAUAUAGCAGGCCUGAUCAAAUAAACCUUUACUGCCAUUUGUGGCAUCUCUCUUGCCCUGUACUCCUGUACCAUUUAAGCUUUAAACCAUCUGGCCAAGGUUAACACUUACUGCUCUUCUUUCCCUUGGCAUCUCAGAUUAACAAUGAAAAAUAGAGCUGUGGAUCUUCCUUUGGUUGUACUUACUAACCACACUCUGGAUAAAAAGGGUUUCUUGUGCAGCAGAUACUAAUGCUCUGUUCCAUCAGAAUCGGGGACGUGUGACAAUUGGACAAGCUAGGCUGGAAUGAAUGCUGAGCAAGUCUCGAAACUUUGGCCUGAUAGACUUUGGAAUAAUAAUCUUCAGUAGAUAGCAGCCACUUUCUCAGCUAAGCAUGCAAAGAAAUUCUUAGAGAGAGAGAGAGUGUACCAGGACCUCUCCAAGUGUCAAAGAAAGUAUGAGAGUAUGGGGAUUUAGGAUUCAGAGGAACACACCUAUUCAUCUUUGGAGCUCUUACAAUUAUAAACUCUGUUAAAACUGCCUUUGUAAAGAUGAGAAGAAAGCCUGUAUUUGAAUCCUACUCCAUAAAUGGAGAAUCAAAGAGAGUCCGGGUUGCAAUUGUGGUGUGAUUUUUUUUUCAGAUGGUGCAACACAUGGUGAACGAUUGCCCAAUUAGAUCAUUUAAUGGCAGUCUAAAAUCAAUCCAUGCAGCCACCCCUGAAAUAGUUGAAUGGCUAUCAAAUUUGGAUAUUAAUCUAUGAAUGUUGUAAUCCUAAAAUGUCAUCUGAAAGAUGAAGAAUCCAGAGCUCUUUAUUUUGAGGGAGAAAACAGUCCAAAUCUACCAUCUUUUGAAGUCAGCUCCUUCCUGAAAAUAACCUUUCUGAAAUAGCUGUUCUCUUUUUAAGGCUUCUCUUACAAACAUUCACUAGACUCUAAUAAUCUUUCUCAGCAUCACACCUCACUGCUGGUAGCAAUGGUCAGAGCUUUAAUGCAGAACAGGCAGGACUAGGCAACAUAGUUGUUCUAAAUACUGGUUGAUCAAUAGCUUUUGAUACAACAGCUCCUUGAGUUGUUGUGUCAAGGGAAGCUGCACUCGUAUGAAAAAUACUGGCAAUCUGAUGGGGAAAGGUGUGUAGAUGGCUAAGAGCUGUACCUGGACUGGAGCACUGCCAAUCUGUGGAUAAGGAUGCUUCUAUGGCAGAUUGGGAAAGAAAUACCCCAAGUGGGAAUCAUGCAAGUAACGAAGAUCACCCACAUUUCUGAAUAACUUUGUAGAGGAACAUUAGAUCCAUCUAUGAAGAUCUAGUGCAGGGGCUUUGGGUAUUGGAUGUUUGAAUGUGAGAGGGAACUGUGAAAAGUAUAUCUUUAGAUUGACUUUUGCUUGCUUUUAGGAUAAGCCGGUUGCCAUCACUGUUCAGCUCUUUUCUCCAGAGAAGACCCUGCCUUCCUUUUAGCUAUUUCUUUUUCUCCAAGCCACUUCUCUUCCCAGUUGCUGAGAGAACCUGCUGAAGACUUCUGAAUUUCUAAAUGGUGUUUCAGAAGAGUGAAGGAAUAAAUCUCUCCUCUCCUUCUUGACUUAUUCUUAUUGCGAACUCAGUUGCCCAGAUGCGUAAGUGCUUUUACUCAGAUAUUCCUGCUUCACUUCGUGCUUUGAGACUUGAGCAGCUGACUUCCUAUGCUACUCUUUGUUCAAGUAAGGCACUGAAACAGUUUUCAGAUCUAAUUAGGUUGUUCCCCUGCACAUAUUCCUGCAGGGCUAAUGAAACCUUCCGUACAAGAUGAAACUGCAGAAAGGCUGUUUUGAAUUUCCUGUUCAGACCAUGUUACCUGCUCCCCUAAUAUUUCCUUACAAAAAGAAGGGACCCUAUCUGCUUUGCAGAUUUCUUCCAGCCUCUUUCAUUACCACUUCUCAGUGAACAUGGUGAAAUUCUUUUUUCUCCCCCCCCCCUCCCCUCUCCAGGAGCAGGGCACUGCCUAUUACACACAAAAGCACAAAUGUGCCUCUACCUUCUCCUGCCCCUCCCCUAGGCUCCCCAAGUAAUAAGCGGAAGAGAUGGGGCUGGAAGAAGGCAAAAUCUAAGAAACCCAGAAAGAGGAUCUGUGCCUCUGGCAGCCCAUCCUUGGAGGAAAGGGGAGCUUUCUGCCUCUGUUUGGAAAUCUGAUUAUUUAUCACCAAAAAUAAUUUUAUAUUGAAUUGGUUUAAAGUUAUUUUACAGCCAUGUGCCUGUAUAUCAUAUUUUGGUAAAAACAGAUAUUUUACUUAAGAUAUAGAGAGAUAUAUAGAUGAACUUUUUGAAGCAAAUGGACUUUUCUUCAAGGCAUCUGUAAAUCACCAAAACUGUGUAAUUGCCAGAAAAUAUUCUGCAAUUUUGGUGUCCUUGGGAGGAAAGGAGUAUGUUUUUUGUGUUACCACUGAACAUUUCAGGAAUAAAAAAGAGCUAAGAUUAAAGUGAGAAUUUAAUAAUGUUAGUUUCCACCAUGAUUCUUAUUAGUAAUUAGAAUUAAGUAGUAUGCAGGCCUGCUUACUGCAUCCAUGAUCGGUUUUAAGCCUUCAUCUGUGCCAUUUUGCAAGCAGAUUUCUAGUAUGCUUUUGCUUCUGUCAGCUGGCCGUUAACGAACCACUAGCUCUCCAGAUUUUUCUCUUGUUUUUGCUGUAUAAAAACCUUAGGAGUUAUCUCUUUUAUGGCUGUUCUCAAUUCUUAGUUGUCCAGUUGUAAGGUAUGUUGUAUAAUGAAGGUGCAAGGCAUACUUAAGCUUCUGUAAACGAAAAUGGCAUGCAACCAGAAUGCCUACGCCACCCAACGUAAAUGGCUUGAUCCACUAGUUUACAUGGUAUAUAAGACAAGCUUUUAAUCAGGCGGCAGCAGCAGCAACUUUAGGUCAGGAAGGGCUAUAAGUAUGUAGAUCUCUGAUGUAUUUGGGCUCCUUAGCACAUCCUAGCUGGACGGAGUCCUUUAAUUCUAGUGAGUAACCAUUUACUCACCAUUUCUUACAAUCCUAAUGAAACCUGAAAUCAGCCAAGUGUGGAACAAGCAUGUCUGCACCUGGUCUCUGACCCUUCCCCACAGAGACUAAUAACUAUGUAAAUCUUUUUCUAGCCUUGUAUUGUUGUUAGAAAGUAACAUUCUUGUUUUUAAUGUGUUAUUUGGAGGUCAUAAAUAAAUAACUUGCCUUUUUAGUGGUAUGAAAGGACUUUUAAUAAACUGUGGCAAAUGCUUGUAUGUAACUGAAAUGUUGUUGAACUGUGAUGCCAUUUGUAGGGAAAUAUACAGCUGUAUUUCUAAUAGGAGCCCUCUCCUGAAGAGAUGGAAGCACAAGUUUUACAUGUACCUAUCCUGUUCCAAGUGCUGCUAGUCUAUAGUGCAUGUGAUGAUGCUGUUUGGUAACAAACCUCUGUGAUGGUUCAACAAAGCCACUGUUUACCUUUGUUACAUAACCAUGUCUUGUCGCCAGUUUGUCUGUUAUGACUUGAGUUUUUAAAACAAAAAAAUAAAUAAAUAUAGAUAUAUAUAUACUGAAGAGAAACCUAUCUUGAUCUGACCGGUGUGGUAUGCGGCCUUUCUACCGCUGAGGAAAUCUCAGGCCACCUUUGGUUUUACCGUACGUCAAAAAGGACAUCUUUCUGCAAAGACCUACCAAGAAAUGUGUCACCAUAAAAACCGGUUCGCACAGUUGAUGUGGAAAUCUUAUGUCUGUCUCGUGCAAUACUGUAUAAGCUGUUGUCUGUCUUUUAAUGCAUCUAAAUUACUUAAGCCAUAACCUCAACCAUGGAUGUUUUUCUCAUUUGUUUCACUCCAUCUAAUCUCUCUUCUCAGCUUUGAGUCUAAUACUAAUACUUCAUGUUGUAGUUAGUGCAACACUGUGUGAAACCAUGUUGGGUUCGAUGGAAGGUAACCCAGCAAGAUAAUGGUGGGUAUUCAAUGCCUAAUGGCCAUCAAAUGCAUUGUGGUUCUUUAUACGCCAUCCUUUUGCUUGCUGCUGCUGGGAAGACUUUACUCCACUAAACAGUUUCCAAGUUAACACUGUGAUUCUGCACAGAGCUGACAUAGCAUCAAGGGAACGAACUAUUGUAACAAUGUUUAUGUUGCUUCGAAUGACAAAAAUAUGAAAAUGUUUGUUUUUGCUGUUGGAGUGCUGAUGACAUUUCACAUUGAUAAAUGUUCUUCCAGAAUGUGGCUACACUCAUCAGUUGUGAACUAUUGUACAUGAUUUUUGUAUCUGAAAUCCACUCAUAAAUUAUGUGUAUUACCAAUAUAAAAUAAACAUAUUUGCUUAA